AUGAAGCUCACCUUCAAGGACCUCAAACAGCAAAAGUUCACCGUCGAGGCCGAGCCAAGCGAGACCAUCGGACAGGUCAAGGAAAAGAUUAGCGCCGACAAGGGCUGGGAGCCAUCAACUCAGAAGCUCAUCUACUCGGGCAAGAUCCUACAGGAUGACAACACAAUCGAGUCAUACAAGAUUGAAGAGAAGGGCUUCAUUGUGUGCAUGACGUCCAAGGUUUGUGUCUCGAGACAUCUGAGCCAAACAAGCAUGUGACUAACGAGUUCAAGCCCAAGGCUGCGCCGUCGAAAGCAGCCGAGCCCUCUACUCCAGCAAAGCCCGCAUCCACGCCCGCCGCACCAGCGGCACCAGCCCAGGCGGCACCCUCUACUGCCUCGCAGCCUCCAGCGACUCCUUCCCCUGCCCCAGCUGCCGCUGCCACCAGCGAUGCGAACUUCAACGACCCGAACGCCCUCGCACUUGGCGAGCAGCGCGCUGCUGCGAUUGCUGGAAUGGAGGCCAUGGGCUUUCCCCGUGACCAGAUCGAUCGGGCAAUGCGCGCCGCAUUCUUCAACCCCGAUCGUGCCGUCGAGUACCUGUUGAACGGCAUCCCGGCAAACGCACAGCAAGAGGAGCGCCCAGCUGCAGAAUCACAACGCCCAGCAUCGGGCCAGGGUCAACAGCCAGCAGCACCUACGGGUACUGAGGCUGCUCCUCAACCCGGUGAAGAGCCCGUCAACCUGUUCGAGCAGGCAGCCGCGCAAGCUGGCGGAAACCGUGGAGGUUCAGGAGGACGCGGUGGUGCCGGCGGCCUCGGUGCGGCUCUGGGCGGUGGACAGGGCGGAAAUCAGGGGGCUGGUGCAGGUGCAGGAGCAGGAGGGGCUGCUAACCUCGAAUUUCUUCGGAAUAACCCACAGUUCCAGCAGCUCCGUCAGGUCGUCCAGCAGCAGCCGCAAAUGUUGGAGCCCAUCCUUCAGCAGGUUGCUGCCGGCAACCCGCAGCUCGCGCAGAUCAUCACCCAGAACCCGGAACAGUUCAUGUCGCUGCUUGCUGAGGACGCUGGCGAUGACGAAGCGCAGCUCCCGCCUGGUGCCCAGCAAAUACAGGUCACCGAGGAGGAGCGAGAGGCCAUCGAGCGGGUGAGUCCUCCCCACACAAUGACAAUUUGUCACUAUUUUACUGAUCUAUUCCCUCUAGCUAUGCCGUCUCGGCUUCGAGCGAGACAUGGUCAUCCAGGCCUAUUUCGCAUGUGACAAGAACGAGGAACUGGCCGCAAACUUCCUGUUCGACCAACCCGACGAGCCAGACGAGCCAGGCGCGUAA